UAGUUAAUUUUGUGAAUUGGUUGGUUUUUUUGAAUCUCCCUCCUCAGAUCGGUGUCGUCGCAUUUUGGGCGGAGUGGGUCGCGCCGGUCGCCGGUGUGUGUUGUUUAGGCCGUCGAACGUGCUAGAACGUUGUCCCUUCUCGUUGUUUUUUUUCGUUGUCGAGUAAAAAGAUUUACAAAGAGGCCGAGGAUCGGCUUUAUGCGAGUCUUUUGGGAAGCGCGCCGAACUUCGUCGGAACCGUAAAUCGCAGUUGACGACAAAAAUAAUAAAAAAUGGUCGAUUACAGCAAAUGGAAGAACAUUGAAAUUUCCGACGACGAAGACGAGACCCAUCCCAACAUCGACACGCCGUCGCUCUUCAGAUGGAAACAUCAGGCGAGGAUUCAGCGAAUGGAAGAAGCCAAAAAGGAGAGAGAAGAGUUGGAAAAAAAUAAAGAAUUGAAUCAAAAGCAUUUAAAAGAAGUGAGGGAAAAGUUAGCUAAAGGUCCUGAUGAAGGAUUAGAUAUCUCAGUUUUAAAAGCCUCACUGGAAGAAUUGGAAAAGACUAAAGAAAAAUUAAAAAAAGCAGAGGAAGAUCUAAAUGCAAAAGAAAGAAUAACACCAUGGAAUGUAGAUACUAUUAGUCAGCCUGGAUUCACAAAAACUUUAAUAAAUAAACCUCCACCGAGGAAAAACGAAGAGUUAUCAGAGGAAGAAAGAGAGAAACGUAUGCAAGCCUUUAUAAAAGAAAAUGAGAAACAGUUGAAAGAAUACGGAAUGUUAAGAAAAUACGAUGACAGCAAGAAGUUUUUGCAAGAUCAUCCACAUCUUGUUUGUGAGGACACUGCAAAUUAUCUCGUCAUCUGGUGCAUAAACCUUGAAAUGGAAGAUAAACAAAUGCUGUCCCAGCAUGUUGCACAUCAGUGCAUUUGCAUGCAGUACAUUCUCGAAUUGGCCAAGCAGCUCGAUGUCGAUCCUAGAGCAUGUGUGAGCUCAUUUUUCACAAAAAUCCAAAUAUGUGAUGAAGACUAUAAGGCAAGCUUUGAAGAUGAACUGGCUUCCUUCAUUGAGCGGGUCAAGAGGAGAGCGAAGGAAAAGCUUGAGAAUGCAAUAAAAGAGCAAGAAAUGGAGGAACGACAGGCCAGGCUCGGCCCGGGUGGUCUUGAUCCGGUUGAAGUUUUUGAUACUUUACCUCAGGUUUUAAAAGAUUGUUUUGAAAAACAAGAUAUUCCAAUGUUGCAAAAGGCAAUUGCCGAAAUGCCCCAAGAAGACGCUGCUUACCAUAUGAAACGUUGCAUCGAUUCUGGUCUUUGGAUACCAGAAAAAGACAAAAAAGAGGACAAAACUGAAGAUAAGAAUAACGAUGACACAUACGAAAAGUGUUCAUCUACAACCUCCGAGAACUAAAAUUUAAUUUUAAGAACAUGUAAAUGAAAUGCUGAUUUUUGCAAGAUGUCUCCAUAUUGCAUAUCAACUUUCUUUU